UGUCACACGAGGGCGCACUACACCUUUCCUGCAAAUGCAAAAUGGCCGACGUACCGGAAAAUGCACCUGAACAUUGCCCAGGAACACAGAGCGAGUCAGCCGGCAAGGUCUCGGCAUGCCAAGGCUGCCCUAAUCAGAAUAUAUGCGCCAGUGGGUUGCCCCAAGCACCAGAUCCUGCUGUUGAGGAGAUAAAAGAGCGAAUGUCCUCCGUCAAACACAAGAUCCUUGUACUGUCAGGCAAAGGCGGAGUGGGUAAAAGCACCUUCACAGCCCAUCUCGCCAGGGGUCUAGCCAGAGAUGAAAAUACACAGGUAGCAGUGUUGGACAUCGACAUUUGUGGUCCAUCCAUUCCUAGAGUCAUGGGCCUGGAGGGGGAGCAGGUUCAUCAGAGUGGGUCCGGAUGGUCACCUGUGUAUGUGGAAGACAACCUGAGUGUGAUGUCUGUUGGUUUCCUGUUGAGUAGCCCGGACGAUGCAGUCAUUUGGAGAGGUCCCAAGAAAAACGGUCUCAUCAAGCAGUUCUUACGAGAUGUAGACUGGGGUGACACGGACUACCUCAUAGUGGACACGCCCCCAGGGACCUCAGACGAACACCUGUCCAUUGUGCAGUACCUCAGCUGUACCAAUGUGGACGGUGCUGUGCUGGUAACGACACCGCAGGAAAUUUCUCUGAUGGAUGUUCGCAAAGAAAUCAACUUCUGCCAGAAGGUCAACCUUCCCAUCCUGGGUGUUGUUGAAAACAUGAGUGGCUUUGUCUGCCCCAAGUGCAAGAACGAGUCACAUAUCUUCCCUCCAACAACUGGUGGAGCCGAGAAAAUGGCCGACGAUCUCAAGAUACCAUUCCUAGGAAAGCUGCCCCUGGAUCCAAGAAUAGGUAAAUGCUGUGAUGAGGGAACAUCCUUCUUUGAGGAGGUACCAGACUCCCCUGCGACACAAUCUUACCUGUCAAUCAUUAGCAAACUGAGAAAAUACUGUCAAAAGGACGGCCAGACCGAAAGUUCCAUGGAUUGCUCAUAGCUUGGUGAAAACACGAGAACUUCAGUGUAUUGCAAUUUUUUUUGUUAUUUGGAAAUAAUUUCAACUCGGGCAAAAGAUGGUCAGUUGAAUGUUCCCCGCGGAGUAAAUAUAUUAGCAUAGCAGGCAAAAACAUUGAUCACGAGUACGGAAAGUAUCACUAUGUGUAGAACAGACUCUACUCUCGAGAAUCGCCUUCUGCCCGUUCCCGAGCAUGCCGAGUGAACAGCGCACUCCGGAUGCUGAUUAUGACCGGGGGAGUGCAUGCCAAGUGUACUGGUCCAGACUGGGACCUGGAGUGCUCUAAAACGUGCAAAACUAAAUCAGGCCAACUUUACUCACUCUUUAGCCAGCAAAUUUCUCCAAAAAUUCCAUUGGGCUAAGAAAAGGUCC